UAUGAUGAAGCUGUUAUUGAAUAUUAUACAGAUGUUAUGAAAUUAUGCAAAUUAGUUGAUCCAAACAUGACUGAUGCAUCCAAACUUGAUCAUUUAUAUCGCGGAUUAAAAUCAUCUUUAAUGAAAGAAGUUCUACGUCAAGCUCCAUCAACACCAUCAGAAUUUUUCGAACAAGCACGAUGUGAAGAAAAUUUAGAACGUCCAGUUACUACCUCUGUUCAUCAAACAAAUGAUAAUGAUACAGAAGCAAUAAGUUACCCCAAAAAUUCAUUAUACAGACCUACACAAUCUGCUGAAUCUAUGCACUAUCAAAAUUCACCAAAUAUAUAUUCUGAAGAUUGUUCCAUAAACGUGUAUUCACCUCGAUCACCACAUAAUUGA